GAAACGGCCGAACGUCGCGAAGCCGGUUGUGUCGCGCUCCCCCGAGUCAGUAUCGCGUCAGUCUCGAAGUGAAGUUGGUCAGUGAUCUGUGUUAGAGCAGGGCCACUCAGUCCCCGCGUCCGUCACUCUCCUUUUCUCUUCCUGUUUUACACGCGCGUCCCUUUCUGCCUGUCCUUCUUUCUCUCUCUCUAUUCUUUUCACCUCGCUUUCCUCUCGUCGCGAUAUCGUCGUAUUCGUUUCGUCGCGCGAUCCGUUCGAGAUCGGGUGUACCCCGAUCUCCCGGUCUCUUUCCCGGGUCCUCUCUUCUCCGGUACUCGCGAGAUACACGUACACGAUAACAGAGAGAGGACGAGAGGUAGAGAGAGUGCCACAGUGUGGAGUUGUUACCAGUGGAGAAGAAGCACAAAAAUUAACCUUUACAAGCGGCCGUGCCUCACGACGACCGUCAUCCACCACCGUCGACAACCACCGACGCCGACAUCGGAUAAUCCAGCAUCGCCAAGUAAAAGCUGACAACAUUCGGAACAAGUGCGGAAAAAGAGAGGGAACACGACGACAUCAUCGGAUCGAGCCACUAGUGCCAAAAGUCAACAAAUGGAGCAUAGAGGCGCGGCGCAUAGGCAGCAGGAGCAGCAGUAGCGUUCAGCUAUCGUCGGGGACCUGAUCGGGCCCGAUCUCGCGCUCGGGGGGACGCGGGAUCGCGGGGGCGUCGCGGCCAAGCGACCGCGAUGGCCGCGACCGACGGUCAGAUCGUCGUCGCGGCGGCACGCUGGGCCGAGGAGGCGACGUAUCUACGCGAGUUCGUCUCCAAGUAUCGUCUGCCAGCCGUGAUCAAAAUCACCAAGGGCCAGUACGGUGGACUGGGCGUACCGACGCUACCGGCGCCCAGUUUGCAGAGCACAGCGCUGCUGAUAUCAGCCGGUCGUCGGCGUAAAAUCGUGGCGCAGGCGGUAAAGAUCAAGGAAGGUCGCCGGGUGGUCGGCGUGGGACCUAGACUCGCGAUACCGGAUUCGUACGCGGGCUACUUCGAGAUUCUGAGCGAGGAGGGUCGCGCGGUGCGCGGCAUUGAAUCGGUAAACGAGCUGUCGCGUAGAUGCCCGGAGGAGGGUGCUCUGGUGCGCGAGACGGUGCGCUCCAUCGCCUGUCGGGUGGACGACGAAUCGGGGAUCGUGGUACCGGAGGGUACGAGGACCCUCGCCGCCGGCGAGACGAUUGUCAUCGCCGGCGAAGUGGCGUUACCCGGUCGCGGUAGAUUCCUGCGUUGCGUGGACUGCCGCGGCGACAGCGUCCUGCUCGGGAUGGAUCAACGCGGUCGCUUCAGCGCCCUGGCGCGCGAGGACAACAUCAGCGGCGUACACACCGCCAGGGCGCUUCUCAGCAAGCGUCUACCGCUCACCGUGAGACUGGUGCACGGCCAGCCGCCGCGGGGGCUUAAAUCGUCGUCGCAGUUCGUGCCCGAGUUGAGGUUGCUGUCGACCUUCGAGGAGGAGCACGUGUUCGCGCUCCCGUUGCAAAGAGAAGGCGCGGCCGUCGCGCUACCGCUCGCGGCGCCGCUUAAGCUGGUGAAGGCGCGGAACGAGGAGGCACUCAGAUCGAUGCAGGAGUUCACGAGGCUGGUGGAACGCGCCUCCCGUUUGGUCGCCGACGUGGCCGAUCGAGCGCACGUGCUGGACGGUCGUCUGGGCGAGGGCAAGUCCUCGAGACAGAGGAGCGGCUCGGGCUUUCUCAGGAGACCGUCGACGAACUCGGAUCACGCGCCACUGGGUCAUCAUAGAAACAGCAGCGCCAGCCAUCAUCAUCAUCAUCAUCACUAUCACAGCAGCAACGGCCAUCAGGCAUCCUCCGGUCACUCGGGUUAUCGGGACGAGAACAGGAUACCGCCGUCAUCGUCGGCCUGUACCGAGGAAUAUGACGAGAUCGAUCAGAUAUAUGAUUACGUGCGCGGUUUCGCGCCGUUGCCGAAGAGCGUCAGGUCGCCGUAUGAGAGUCCUCUCGUCGCCGCGGGUCAGGGUGGCUCGACUCCGCCGUUAACGCCGGUCACGGUGACGAUCGCGCCACUGCUCGAUGAUCGACCGGAACCACCGCCGAUCGAGACGAUACCAACGAAGAAGAUCCAGGCGGAGAAACGGACGAGGCGCGCGGUCAAGGAGGCGCCGCAGCCGCGGGUGGAGAAGCCGCCUCUGGCGAAGCUAUACGUGAAGAACAGCGGCACUCAACGUGGACGUCCGUUAAUGAGGCAGAAGAGCGCGUCGCCGUUGAAGGAAACGCCGCCGGGUUACAAGGGAGGUUCGCCCCUCUUCAAUAUACGCUACAAAAGCUUGACGAAUCUCCAGCAGGCGAUGGAGCUCGACGGCACGUUGGAUUCCAGUCACUCGGGUGGAAGGACCUCGGGAGAUUCUGGCGCGGGCGCCAAAUUGCCGGAAAAAAGAUCGAGACGUUUAAGCAGACCACGAUCGCUGACAAAUUUGGUCUGGGAGCUACGAGGUGGAAGUGGUCUUGGUUGCACGAGACCGGAAACUCCGCCGCCUGUCACGUCUGCACCUCUGCCACCAACUAAAUGUGGACCACGUCUAGCUGUCACUGUCGUAGCACCGCGACGUGUCGGCACGCUCUACCUCUAACUCAUUCGACUGACGAAGGGCUGAAGAAGGCAAAGAGCCGUAGAAAUUUUUGACGUCGUUUAAUUAAUCAAAAUUUGCAACAAGAAUUCAAGGAGGAAGGAAGAUAGAAGAACGGGAAAUAUUUCGCCAUUCUUUCAGCGUUAAUUAAAUCGCAGCCGCGAAAGCCAUUCAAACUCGUCGUCCAACACGUAUAUAUACAUAUCCAUGCUCUAUAUGCAUUCACACAUACUCAACAUACACGUACAUACACGACACAUAAAGGACCCAAAAGCCUGAUUAACACCGCGUACUUCCUGUGAUCGUCGAUUAACGAUAAGCGGAAUAAUCAAAAAUAGCGACGCAGCGAAAGGAGAGAUAUGUUCAGGUCACGUACGAGCAGAAACGUGAAUUACCGUAAUGCUCUCGUAAGAAAAAAGACGCCGUCUUUCAAAGAGUAUCGAGAUCGGUAGAUGCAACGAGUAAUGUAAAUAUGUUACGAGAUUCCAAAUACUUGAUCUAUUCUGGUAUGUAUGUAUAUAUAUAAAUUAUUU